AUGAUGAUGUCUAGGCGGGUGUUCUUCUUGUUGGCCAUUCUGUCCUGGACGGUGGGCUGGUCCUCCAGGGCGCAGUCUUCUGUGGCCAGUUCCUACUUGGCGACAGAGACAGGUCCUCUGACUCUCACUAUCUCGGAGUACCCCUUCACUCCUUUCCCGACUGCUUCAUCGACGCCAGACCCUCCGGUGUAUCCUGCUACUGAUCCUCUGGAUCCUCCUCCUGUGAGCCUUGCUGGCCCUCUUGUCAUUCCCGACUUCAAUCCGGCAUGGGACAUAGCAUACGCGAAGGCACAAGCGACGAUCGCCAAUUUCACGAUCGAACAAAAAGUGAAUCUUACUACUGGCGUCGAUGGUCUUUGUGUCGGCAACAUCCCUGCGGUUGGCAACUUCACCGGUCUCUGUUUGGAGGACUCUCCCCUCGGUGUUCGCUAUACUGACUUUGUGACCGCUUUCCCAGCUGGUAUCACAACUGCCUCAACCUGGAACCGUGCCAUGAUGCGUACCCGAGGCUUGUACAUGGGCCAGGAAUUCGUGGGCAAGGGUGCGCACGCUGCCCUCGGGCCAAUGAUGAACAUGGGACGCAUCGCCCAGGGAGGUCGUAACUGGGAAGGAUUCGGUGCAGAUCCAUUCCUCUCCGGAGAGACAGCAUAUGAAACGAUUCUUGGAAUGCAAAAUGGCGGCAUCCAAGCUGUCGCAAAGCACUAUAUCAACAAUGAGCAGGAAUGGAAACGCACUCAAGAGUCCUCCAACGUCGAUGACAGAACUGAGCACGAGAUCUACGCCCAGCCUUUCAUGCGUGCAGUUAUGGCUGGCGUUUCUUCUGUGAUGUGCAGUUACAACUUGAUCAAUGAUACUUAUGCAUGCAAUAAUAACAAGACUUUGAAUGACAUGAUGAAACGGGAGUUCGGUUUCCGAGGAUACAUUCAAUCGGACUGGACGGCGACGACAGAGACCCUAUCUGCAGUUGCUGGAUUGGAUAUGACAAUGCCGGGAGGUAUCAACUUUGGCGAGACUGCAUCCUACUUCGGUGGCAAUCUCACUGCGUUUGUGAUGAACAACACCAUCUCCUUGGAACGUCUCGACGACAUGGCCACAAGAAUCAUCGCUGCCUGGUACUACAUGCACCAAGACUCGCCAACAUAUCCCAAGAUCAGCUUCAAUAUGAACGACCCUUACGAUCCUGCGACAAACUGGCACAUCAACGUGCAGAGCAACCAUUACACCGUUGUGAGAGAGAUUGGCGCUGCAGGCGCUGUGCUUUUGAAGAACAACGGAGUCUUGCCAUUGGCUGCGCCGAGGACUCUGAUUAUGGUUGGAAGCGAUGCCGCUCCAUCCACAGCUGGACCGAACCAGUACGUGGAUCAGGGUGGCGAUCCCACUGGUAUUCUGGCAGUAGGCUGGGGUUCAGGAACUGAUAACUUCACAUACCUCAUCUCCCCCUACGAAGCUAUCCAAACGCGCGCUAGAGAGGACCAAACCAGUGUCUUCUGGGACUUCGAUGACUGGGAUCUGGAGCAAGCCGCAACUCGCGCCCUGGACGUAGAAGUUGCCAUUGUAUUCGUCAACUCUGACUCAGGCGAAGGCUACAUCACUGUUGACAACAACGCCGGCGAUAGGCAGAACCUGACGGCAUGGCAUCAGGGUGAUGAGCUGAUUCUGGCUGUUGCGGGAGUGAAUAACAACACUAUUGUUGUCACCAACAGUGUUGGUCCUCUAAUUUUGGAGCCUUGGGUUGAGCACCCCAACGUCACCGCUAUUGUUUGGGCCAGUCUUGGUGGUCAGGAGGCAGGCAAUGCUAUCACGGACGUCCUUUAUGGUAACUGGAACCCAUCGGGGAGACUGCCCUACACCAUUGCGAAGAGCCCGGAAGACUACGCGGCUCAGCUCGUCACUGGUGGAACAGCAGACGAUAUCUUGUCAAUCACCUAUACGGAAGGGCUUUUCAUUGAUUAUCGCUGGUUCGAUGCCCAAAACAUCACUCCGCGGUAUGAGUUUGGAUUCGGCUUAUCGUACACUACCUUCGAGUACUCCGACUUGGCGAUCACCAAGCUUGAUAUUCCGGACUACGCCGACACAGCUCUGAUCAGUAACUGGGAGAAUGGAGGAGCCUCCCCUGUUGCCGAAGGAUCGUCGACCGCUCUGUGGCUGCACAUGCCCGCGUAUGAAGUGACGUUCUAUAUCACGAACACCGGUUCGCGCUACGGGGGCGAGAUCGCUCAACUCUAUCUCCAUCACCCAGCCUCAGCGUUGGAACCUCCGUCUGUCUUGAAGGGGUUCACUAACAUCGAGCUUAACCCCGGAGAGAUCGGACUGGCCACGAUCACUCUUUCCCGAUAUGAUCUGUCCAUCUGGGAUGUGGUCGACCAGGGAUGGGUCAAGCCGGCGGGUACCAUCACGUUCUCUAUCGGUGCUAGCAGCAGAGACUUCAGGCUUAGCGGAACGAUCCCUGCGUGA